AUGGACACCCCAAUCCGCCGCAUAAUCGCCGAACACGACAAGAAAGGCAAAGCCUCCUUCGUGACCGAUGAAUACCUUACCCCCUACGACCCCAAAACCGCACCAGCCUUCACAACCCCAGACUCCAACUCGGGCUUCGGCGUGAUCCAAAUCCACCGCUCCCGCAGCUUUCCCGCAGAUAAUAUGCUCCAGCUCCCCGAUCCACACAAGACUCUCGUCCCACUGGCCGAUACAAAGGGGCCCUCUUGUCGAAUUAUCGAUCUCCCACCUGCUGAAGCGGGGUGGAUGCAUCGGACCCUGAGCCUGGACUAUUUUGUCAUCUUGACCGGCACGGUGGGGUUGAUUACGGAUGGGGGUGUGGAGAAGAUUCUGCAGCCGCAUGAUGUUGUUGUUUGUCGGGGACGAAUCAUGAAUGGGAUUUUUGGCGUUGUUGUGCCCAGUCAGGAGGUUGUUACAGAGGAUGGGGUGAGGUUGGAGAAGACGCCUGCUGGGCCGAUUUAUGAUCCUGAGGAGGAGUGA